AUGGCAGAGCGGAGUGGUUCCGUCGCAGACCAGCAGCCUGCGCAGCUCCGCCAGUCCCCGCCGCCGUCGCCAAGCCUCGCUGAGCAAGCACUCACCGACAAUCUCGACGGCGCAGCAGCCAAUGCGUCCACGUUUCGGGCUUCAGCUGAGAGCGGCGAGAUGGGACCAUUCUCCGCAGCUGUGUCGGACACGCAGCCGCCCAACGUGACAACCACCAAGCACAACAAGAAGCACAAACAUAAGCAAAAGAAGAAUACAACCAAGUCAGGUAGCAAGGCCGCUCUCGAAGCAUCAGAACAGUCGUCGUCGUCGAGCACAACGCAGCGACAGGACGUCAGAGCGGACGUUUUGUCAUCGGCCAAUGGUGAGCCGACCACCGUCCCUGGCUCUGGCUCUGGCUCUGGCUCUGGUAUCAAGAAUAGCAAGAAUCGAAGAAAUGGCGGCGCUCCGACGGUCGUUGUGGCCAACCCGCUGAAUCGCUUCCCAACCGCCAAUCCUCCUUCCUCACAGCGCGCUACGUCGCUGGGCGUGCUAGGCCGAGCUCGGCCGAUCAAGUCUGUGUUUAACUUGAGCAUGGCGGGCGAGUUGGACGAUGACGACGAUGAUGAUGAUGUGGAUGAGUAUCCAGAUGAUUCUGACAGAGCAGAUGUAAAUCGGCCGUCAGACACACAAAACGACACACAGACGCCCCUGCCGGCAACACUCGAAGGUGAAGAGAGCUUGGCAACCAUGGACACCGACAAUCACGCCAUCACAGAUGCAGCUGGUGCUCCAGCACACGAACGAGAGGCAAGCGAGAUAUUCUCGUCCGCCGAGCAACUCCCACCUGCCACCAAUAAUGGCGCACGCUUUCGCAAGAUCCAGUCAGAGGCGGGCCUUUCUCUACCUCAUUCCUUCUCCAAGCGACUACAAGGCUGGGUUUCGUCCAAUUCCUUGGAAAACAUACCUGCUGCACCGUCAACACCUUCGCUGCCUCGAGCCCCUUUCCAGCCAAUCGCGCAAGUCUCUGCGCCAAUCGAACCCGCACCAGCCUCGCCGCCAAGUGAACGCUCGCGCCACGGUGCAGCCGUUGAGUCAUUUGAGCGAGAGCUUGCAACCCCGAUUGGGAAUCACAGCGCCUUGACCAUGUCAUUCUUUUCAUCGCCACUCGCCUAUCUCGAUCGCCUGCGCCAGUUUAACUCGAGUGGUGCAAGUCCGCAGCAUGGCAGCUCGAACGAUGGAUUCUCCGACUUUGACAAUGUUCACCUCCGGUCUGAUUUGGACGCAGCGUUCAAUCAAGCCCCAGCUGCUGCUGCUGCUGCUGCUGCUGCUGCUGCUGCUGCUGCUGCAACCACUUCUCCUGCCAACCAAGCGGCCGAGCUACCAGUUCCUCCGGCCGCUGAGACCUCGCGGCGAUAUACUCUUGCAGAUGUUGCCAAGUCAUUGCUCGGCGGGCGGAUGGCACCUCGCGCGGGCUCAACCAACACCCGCCUUGGUGGUACGGAGGCCGCUGCAGCCCCCACCGUUGGACCGCCAGGUCUGAAGCCAGGCAUCAUGGCCAACCUGCGCCUCAUGUUGGCUCGUACCCGCCAACGCGCUCGAGACCCACAGCUCGACGCCAAUGAUGACUGUGGAUCCAGUGCUGCGAGUCAGGCUCUCACAAACUCGUUUGCUAGCAGGCAAACUGCCGGCCUGGCAUUCGACUCGAUGCGUGAGCGCGAGGCAGAGGCUCGGCGUGCGCAGCUGGCCAGCGAAAAAUCCGAACAACGCCUGCUGCAAUUAGACGACUUUCUCAAGCCGUUGGUAUCACUAUCAUGGCAAGCUCUGCAUUCUCCAGUGCGGAUUGUGUAUUCGGAGUGGGAUUUCACGAAAAGCUACCCAUUAUACGAGGUUGGAGCGAUUGUCGACGGCGGGGGCGCCGCGAGUCCAGUGCUGCUCGACUCGUUGGAGGAAUGUCAGCGCCUGCUCGUCAUGAUUCGGCGACACUAUGUAGAUCAGUAG